UUUAUUGUGAAGUGAAGAGGUUGUACUUCUGGGUCGCGGGUUGAACGAACAGUCAUUUUUGCUAUUCCAUUACCCGCUUCCCUCCCGCAGCUUUGAGAAAGAAAAACGGCGAUAAAACAAGAUGCAGACGUCUGUGGUGAACAUCGCCGUGUUCUUGUGUGUGCAGCUGCUGAUAACGUGGACGUGUUUCCAGGACGUCGUGGACGCAGCCAGCGGCAGAGGGUUUGGAGAUAAUAUCCACUGGAGGACACUGGACGACGGGAAGAAAGAAGCUGAGGCCAGCGGGCUGCCCAUCAUGGUCAUCAUCCACAAGAGCUGGUGCGGAGCCUGCAAAGCACUGAAGCCCAAAUUUGCAGAGUCUAAGGAAAUCUCUGAACUUGCACACAACUUUGUAAUGAUCAACCUGGAGGAUGAGGAGGAGCCAAAGGAUGAAGACUUCAGCCCUGAUGGUGGAUACAUUCCUCGGAUUCUUUUCCUCGAUCCCACCGGCAAAGUCCAUUCUGAGAUCACUAACAGGAACGGGAAUCCAAACUACAAGUACUUCUACAGCAACGCAGAGCAAGUUGUGUCCGGUAUGAAGGAGGCUCAGGAGAAGCUGACGGGCGAUGCCUUCAAACACGGUCACUCUGUAGACGAGCUGUGAGGAGGCAGCGGCGGGCGUCAGGCCGUAAAGGGCUACUCUUCUUCUGCCUGAGCACCGGAGCGCCCCCCGGGGACGCGUCGCACUUGCCCUGAUACAAUCUCUUUCAAUAUUUAUACUCAUACUUUAAACUUGAACCUUCUCACAGAGCAAACAGUCCUAACAUUACUUUUGUAUUCUGCAUUUGUUUUCCUUGUCAUUGUCAUUUGUAAUGAAGUGUUAACGAAAUGCCAUAUACUGCACUUGAUGUCUGUCGAGGAUUGACUGUAAACAACUCAAGCUAGCCAAGGUAACUGCUGUGUUUUCUAACCCUCACCUGUUGUUGGGUGAAAGGACACGUCGCGCCGUCUGUAUGCCAAGUUCAGACCAACUGAAGUCGACGCGUUUCUGUUGCACCGGCGGUGAUUUUAAUGGUUUCACCCAACAGCAACACGCACACACUCUGAUACAGUGCUUGAUAUUGGCCAACACCUACAGUGAUGUGCUUCCAAAGAUCCUCUUCAGUACGUUCUUUAUAUCCUUCACACUUUUUACCCUGUACUUCUCCUUCCUGUAAAAUAAUUACUAUUCAUUCAAUCCUGUUUUCAGAUUGUUUGUUUGUUUUGCUGCUUGUGAAGUGACACCACCAGUUUUGUUUUGUUUUUUUAAACCAGCCUUGUUAAACUCUUUGAAUGAGCCAUGGAUACAUUGGUUAAGUAUCUCAAUGUAUUUUAUACAUGUUCACAGCCAAGUGUGCAAAUAAAGUUUAAUGUAUUGGGUAA